CUUCAGUUGCUCCCAGCGUGCUCCGCGGCGUAGGCUUAUAGGUGGUGAGUCGACAUGGUAAUGGCAGCGUCCGGCGCGAGCGCAUCCCGCUUGCUACUCCUCUUGCUGAUAGUGGCAGCAGCGCCCAGUCGGGCCAGGGGCAGCGGCUGCCGGGCUGGGGCCGCUGCACGGGGGGUUGGGGCAGAAGGCCGUGAAGGGGAGAGCUGUGGCACCGUGGGGUUGCUGCUGGAGCACUCCUUUGAGAUCGAUGACGCUGCCCACUUCCGGAAGCGGGGCUCGCUGCUGUGGAACCAGCAGGAUGGCACCUUGUCCCCGUCUCAGCGGCAGCUCAGUGAGGAGGAGCGGGGCCGGCUUCGGGACGUGGCAGCCCUGAAUGGCCUGUACCGGGUGCGGGUCCCCAGACGGCCCGGGGCCCUCGACAGCUCAGAGGCUGGCGGCUAUGUCUCUUCCUUUGUGCCUGCGUGCUCCCUGGUGGAGUCGCAUCUCUCCGACCAGCUGACCCUGCACGUAGACGUGGCCGGCAAUGUGGUGGGGGUGUCCGUGGUGACGGACCCCGGGGGCUGCCGGGGCCACGAGGUGGAAGACGUGGACCUGGAGCUGUUCAAUACCUCGGUGCAGCUGCAGCCGCCGGGCACCGCCCCGGGCCCUGAGACAGCAGCCUUCAUCGAGCGCUUGGAGAUGGAGCAGGCCCAGAAGGCCAAGAACCCCCAGGAGCAGAAGUCCUUUUUCGCCAAAUAUUGGAUGUACAUCAUUCCCGUGGUGCUGUUCCUCAUGAUGUCGGGAGCUCCGGAUGCCGGGGGCCAGGGCGGGGGCGGGGGUGGUGGCCGGUGACUGGGCUGUCCUCUUGUCCCCCGGGGAUUCCCUUCUACCCAGAGCCCCCACAUCCCCCCUGAGAGGGUAGGAGGACGCCCCUCCUGGAAGCCCAUGGUCUUCCCCUGCCUCCCUUCCUGUUGACAGGGUCCGGUGGCGUUGGGGUGUUCCCGCUGUUCCCCAUCCCCACGGCCCCACCUCAGUCCCUGGGCUCCCUUUGCCUCAGGCUGGAGUUGCAGCCCCUCCUGCCGCUGUGCCCCUGCUGCCCACCCCAGCCCUGCCUCUGGGAACAUGCCAGCUUCUCCAGCCUCCAUGCCUUUGCCCAGACCUGCUCCCCUGCCUUCCCUGGCCCUGACACCCUCCCUGGAUACUGGACUGGGCCCCCGGCCUCCGACCAGCUUCCCUUGAGGUUGCCCCCUCCUGGCCUCCCCAUUGAGGACAUGGUGGCCAGGACUGGCUGGCCAUCACUGCCCAGGCUUCCUCUCGAAGCACUGCUCCUCAGCCUGUGCCCGGCCCUGGUCUGCCCACAGCAGGGGAAACACCUGCACCCCCCGGCCUGAAGCCAGCAGCUGGUGGAGUCGGGGCCAGGUGAUGUAAACAGACGCCCUUCUGCACCCUCUGUUCCAAGACAGCCACCACGCAUGGUACCAGGAGAGAACUGUGGCCCGACCGUGGUCUUCCUCGUCUAUUUAAGAAUAUUCACACAAUAUUGCAGCACACACACUUUGAAAACUUCCAGCUUCUGAUAGCGUUCAGGCUGUAUUGGACUCUACUGUUCGCUUAUAUGUUAUUCAGGAGCAUGAGACAGCAGCCGUGGCUGGCAUUGGCAUCAGCAUUGCUGUGUUGGGGGUCAGUUGAUUAAACUGCCCAGCGCCUGACUCUGA